AUGGAUCCGGAGACUCGAAGCGAUUCGCCCACGGAAAGCAGCCGACAAGACCAUCCAUCAAAAACAUCUUUCCUUAUCGAAGACAUUUUAUAUCGAAGCCACGAUAAUAGAAACUUUAAGACCCCAGAUCAGAGACGAUUUGACUACGAUCGGGACCCUAAACCAUUCUUUCCGGUCCCAAAUGAGAUGAGACCACAGGUACCGGGCAGAGAAGGGUCUUACCUACAAGUUGCUAUGGGUGCUUUAGGAGCAUAUUUGCACACUCCUAACACUUAUAAGGCUGUGGAGGCACCAUAUUUUCUGUCUCAAGGAGUGCCAUAUCAUGCGUUGUUCACGCCGUCAGAAUUGUCGCUGUCCGCCCUAAAACACUGCCGUCGGCGGAAAGCAAGGACGGUGUUUUCCGAUCCACAACUAACUGGUCUGGAGAAACGCUUCGAGUCCCAGCGUUACCUGUCAACUCCUGAGCGCGUGGAACUGGCCGGAGCCCUGAACCUGUCGGAGACACAGGUCAAGACCUGGUUCCAGAACCGACGGAUGAAACACAAGAAGCAAAUGAGGAAACAGCAGCAACAACGAGACUUACUGACUGGAAAACACCCAGACCUGGGGUUGCUCGCUGCCCGACCAGGACCAGACCCAAGCGUACGGCGCGUUGCGUUCCGCGCGCGCCUCAAAGAGCCAAUAGACCAUUACAGACGGGGCUCUAUAGAGCUGAUGUUCACUGUUCAGCCGGGGUUGCGGGGCAAGCGUUGGUUAUUAGUCAGAGCAACGGCAGUAGACUUUACAACAAAACAUCCAUCAACACAUUCGGAAUGUCGAAAAACGGAAAAUUCAAGAAUAUCGACAGAUUCGGACACAGAACACAGCGACAGUGACAUCGAUAUCGUCGGAGAAACGAACUACGCACAACACUAUUCCACUAAUAAUACGUAG